AUGUUUGGCAGCGGAGCUACUGUAAGCUAUUAUAGAAUCCAAGACAAAGGUGACAAUAAACUGAUUGGUGAAAUCUAUAAGCUUCACAUCAAAAACUUCAUAAGUAUCCUGAGGCUUCUUUCAAUAUUUAUCUGUGCUUAUUUUGGAAUUGGCUUCAUACUUGGAAUCUACCGAAUUGCAAUCAGCCAAGACGUUGACACAUCAAACAUUCCAGUUCUUAUUGAUUGGAUUUUAAGCCUGAUAAUAUCACUUUUAUGGCUUGUAGUGGCCUACGGCGGAUUUCAGGCUGUUAAAGUUCAAUCUAGAGGAACUUCUAAAAGAUUUGCUAAAGCUUUAUUAGGAUGCUCAGCGAUUUAUAUUGUUUAUUUGAUAUUUAGCUAUUUCGCAAACUUUGAUUCAUAUAAAAACCAUUGGGAAAAAGAGUAUGGACUAAGUAUGAUUGAAACUAUAGGGUGGAUGAUGAGCUAUCUUUUUAUUGUUGCUUUCUUAAUCCCUUUUAAAUUGGAAUAAAAAACUGUUUCAACAUAAAGGCUCUACUUUGUUUAAAUCGAAUUUUUCUUCAUUUCGCUCUUUAUAAUAAUCAAGUGCAUAAAUUUUCGAGUUCAGUGGCAUUAAAUGGAAUAUUAUAUUCACCUAACUCACAAAAAAAUCCAGUUCCAAUUAAAAGCAGUGUUCAUUUUUUUUAAAAAAAUGAUUAUAUUAAAAUUUAUCUCAAUAAAAAAAUUUUAAAAAUUGAACUCAAUACUUUACAUAAAUUUAAUUCUAUCAAGAAUUAAUUUAAUAAUUUAAUCGACUCAGUGUGAAAAAUUUUACUUUUGCAUUUGGUCAAACUAAUUUUAUAAAAUUAGUACUUUCAUCUAUAAAAUUUUCUCAAAAUUUCGUUCUAAUUUGAAGGGGCUAAAUGGAAAUUUUACUUUAUUUGUUCCAAUUCAAGGGGGAUAAAAAUUGAAAAAAUUCUAUUUUAAAAAAAAUUAAUGGAAAUUUUACCAAUAUUGUGAUCAAAAUUAAAGAGGAAGUUAGAAGGCUUUUUCGUGUUGAAGGCAAGACAGUUUAACAAAAUUAUUACGCAGUGCAUUUUGGAGUCCUUAAAUGACAGCAAGGUAUUGAACAAGCCUUUAAAAAAUAUUAAUUAG